AUGAACAUGAAAGAGAUUAUCAUCCUUCUGCUGAAUCUGUCUUUGAUCCUCAGCAUCCAAGCCAUGCAAGAGAGUAUCCCUAUGAAGAGCUUGAGCUGCUACAAUGACUACAGCUCACAGGUGACCUGCACAUGGAUGGAGCAUUCAGAGGCUCGUGCCCUUGUUGGUAUGAUUCUUUACCAAAAGGAUAAUAUUAUAAUGGAGACCAAGGAGAUGCUUUGCAAACGCCAGACAGAAAGUGACUUACAUGAGGCUCCAGACUCCUAUGUGCACUGGUUUUGUCACAACACUACAAACAAUUUUGGAAUAGGAGUAGAUUAUAUUUACAGCUUCAAACCUAACAAGAUACUUCAAGCAGAACUAAGUGUUGAUCUUUUCCAAAAUGUUCAGACCCUCCCACCUCAAAACCUCUCAGUCAGCUUGAUGACAUCAGGAGACUUCUUGCUGACCUGGAAAGCAGCUGAUGGAAGCCAAGGCAUGGGCAAUGCACUGGAGUAUGAAGUCACUUACAAGCGGGAGUGGGAGUCCUGGGAGAAAGCUGCCUCCCUCUUGCUCUCCAGCACCACCCAUUGCCACCUCAGCCACAAGGACCUUGUCCCUGGAAGCAGCUACGUUGCCCGUGUACGAGCCAGACCGGGACGGAGCAGUGGCUUCUCUGGGCAGUACAGCGAGUGGAGCACGGAGGUGUCAUGGGAGACCUCUGAAGGUGGCCUUCAGCCCAGGAACCUUCUCUGCCUCUUCAAUGGUGCAAACCAUCUGAUGUGCAGCUGGGAAGUGAAGAAAGCGAUCACCACCUCUGUCAUCUUUGGCUUGUUCUUCAGGGCCACUCCAACAUCAGCAGAAGAGGAGUGCUCUCCGGUGCAUGAGAAGGCUUUGCCCCACAUCCCGUAUGUGGUCCAGAGCUGUGAGAUCCCUGUUAACAACUCAAGCAGUCAGAGCCAGUACCAUGUGUCUGUCCGGGCCAAGACAGAGGAGAAACUGGUUGAAGCCUACAAGAACAUUAAAGUGCUGCCGCCUACAAACGUGUCAGUAACAGUGACAGAGGACCAAGAGUAUGAACUGAGGUGGAUAAAACACACUUUGGGAUAUAACUUCAUAAAACAGAGAUACCAAGUUGAGUACUGGAAAAACCAGCAAUAUGAAAAGACUCUCCAGAAGUUAGAUAUCAGCAAUGAUGAACCCCCCUUCAUCCUCACCCUGCAGAUGCUGGCAUCAUCUACAGAGUAUAGGGGGAAAAUGCGUGCAAGGGUGAAUACGCCUCUGGAUUACGAGGGGCCUUGGAGUGAAUGGAGUGAGGAGUUCACCUGGAAGACUGAGAAUGUUCUGUCACCAGUGCUUCUCCCAGUGAUGCUCCCAGGUCUCAUCAUCACUUUGCUGGUAGUUGCUUAUUGCAGCUAUAAGUAUUUCAUCAGGAAGAAGCAAAUGUGGGAGGAAAAGAUUCCGAACCCUGGCAAGAGCCUCCUGAUCCAGAGCUAUCUGGGGAAAGCACAUUUAGGAAACUGGCCAAUAAGCAGCCAGCUGGACUUCAACAAAUACAACCUUUCAGAGAAGAUGGAGCAGGCUAGCUUCCUUCAAGUUGUGGACAGGCAGAUGAAGACUUUGGCAGAGUCCCCUGAAGGGCAGGCUAAAAUGACAGAAGUUUCGCCUGUUGUUCCAGACCUACAGAACUCAUAUCACGCUUUAAAUGAGCCAGAGCAUGCCCUAGUUGUCUGCUCAAGUCAGAUUGCUGGUCAUUCCUCUCCUGUUUCAAGGCGAAACAGUGCUGAUGCAAGUAUUGCUUCCCGGAGAGCAAUCCCUUGCUUUGCUUUCAAUGGCCCAUACUUGUACAGCCCAUUGAUGUCCUCCCAGCCUGAUAUGCAUCAGACCCUGGAAGUGGACCCAGUGGGAGUCCGUGAGAAAUCAGUUUCCCUUCAGUAUGUGACCCUCCCAAAGGAAGACUGUCCCCAGGCUCCACAGAGGCAAGAACAGCCAGGGGCAGGUCCUCCACAGCCCUUCCCACUCCCAGAUCAGAAGGAAAUGGUGCAGCACCUCAACGAUGAGAAAGAAGUCUCAUCAAACCCACCGGCCUAUGGGAAAGGCGCAAACGUGAGAAGAGAUGAGCAAAAAUCUCCAAAGGCUCUUAGCUGUAUCACAUCUCCUCAGCAUUGUCCCUUGGAGUACAUCACCACAGAGAGCCUGUUACUGCCAUCAGCCAGUGAUUCCACCCAUCCAGCCCUUGUCACUGCUGGGGAAUUACCUUGUGACUCACAGGAGCCCCAGCCUUGCAGUGAUCACUCUUGCCAUGAGUUUUCUCCCGUGAAAACUGGUGUCAUGGUCCCAGUUUCAGGUCAAGCACCAACCUCUUCUCCUGAAUUGCAUCUGGAUACAUUUGGAGACUAUCUUACUGUCCCUUUAGGUAUCCAUGAACAUUCAGAAUCCACAAAGAAUUCUUUGCAUGUCUUACAGAAGGAAAACAAUCCUCCUAGAAAGCAGCCUUUGUCAGAGGGUAACUUGGUGGUGUUAAACCCUGACAGCACUGAGCCAGUUUUCCUUUGCCAGGUUGGCGACUAUUGCUUCCACAGCCUAAAAUCCAGUGUGAAGAUGGAUAUUAGUCAGGAAGAGAACCAAGGCAAGAAACCUUCUGAAAGGAAGACAACACCUGGGAAGUCUGUAUCUGAUGAUGAAUCCAUCACUGGCAAGGAAAAGAAUGCAGCAAAAAUGCAGGCUAUUCAGCUUUUCAAAAACCUGAAAUCAGAUGACUACUUCUCCUGGCAGCAGUCUUUGAGGAUCACAGAAAUCUGUUAA